AUGGCUGCUGCGAGUGCCCUAAUCGGGUCAGUUGGACCUUAUAACGAAACCGAGGACUUUGAAACGUAUUUGGAACGGGUGAAUUUGUUCUUUGAUGCCAAUGCUGUGGCAAAUGAGAAAAAGGUUGCGGCGUUGCUGACUCUUAUUGGCCCUAAACCAUAUGCUGUUUUACGCUCUCUGGUGGCCCCAGAUAACCCUAAGGACAAAACAUUUGCCCAAAAUGUUAACUCGCUGAAGGCACACUACUGUCCAAAGCCGUUGGCGAUAGUGGAGAGGUUUCGCUUCAUGAAACGAUUACAAGCAGAAGGCGAGUCGAUUAAAUCGUAUCAGGCAGAGUUACAACGCCUUAGCACGCACUGUGCAUUCGGAGGGUCAUUGCAUGAAAGGCUGAGAGACCAGUUUGUGGUUGGUCUUAAAAAUGAGUCGAUACAGAGGAAGCUACUGACUGAACGAGACUUGUCAUUUGCGAGAGCUGUUGAAAUUGCUCUGGCAACAGAAACGGCAUCGAAAGAUGCUAAAGAGUUAUCUAAAGCUAGUAGUGCAUCUAGUAGUGGUACUGGUAAUUCUGUACAAUUUGUGAAGAAACAAAGUCAACGCAAACACGGUGGAAGUGCCGCUAGUGCUAAUAGUAAAACUGAUACCAAGUAUCAAGGUCGUUCCACUUACUGUUUCCGGUGUGGUGACAAGUCACAUAAAGCGGACCGAUGUGCACAUAAGAACACAGAAUGCAAUUUUUGUGGAAAGCGUGGACAUUUGCGAAAAGUUUGCCUGACUGAGAAAAAGGGUAAACCACCUCCGGCUAAGCCAAAGCCGACCGGUAAGGGGGUCCAUCUGGUGGACUCUGCAGAAACUCAUGCAGAUGAGGGAUAUGAACUGUUUGAUUUGUAUCAUAUGAAAACUACAGGGAGUGCGUCCGCAUUUGUUACGAAAAUGACCGUUAACGAUCGUCAGUUGUCGAUGGAAAUCGACACUGGAGCCGCUGUUACAUUGAUGAGUGAGAAAACAUUUGUCAAGGAGUUUGGGAACAUUGCAUGUUUAAAACCGUCAAGGUGUAGGUUGCGCACUUACAUGGGUGAACCGCUGCCAGCUAUAGGUAGGCUUGAUGUGAAAGUCUCAUAUCAAGGAACAUGUUAUGAUUUACCAUUACUAGUCGUUAGGGGUGAUGGUCCAACGUUACUAGGCCGUGAUUGGCUGUCUGUGAUUCGUCUAGACUGGAAACAAGUGUACCGUGCUGAUUCAGAACAGGAGGAUGGUGUGCAUAGGAUUACUUUGGAUUCUGUACUAAGUAAAUACCCUGACAUAGGAGACGGUCAGCUUGGCAAGGUCAAGGGCGUCAAGGGCAAGUUUUACAUUGAUCCUGAUGUUAAACCAAAAUUCUUUAAACCGCGUAGUGUAGCUUAUGCGAUUACAGAUAAAGUUGAGUCGGAGAUUGAUCGUUUGCUUUCCGAGAAUGUACUGACUCCGGUCAAAUUUGCUGACUGGGCGGCACCCAUUGUUCCUGUUAUGAAAGCGGAUAAGAAAACUGUCCGAAUCUGUGGUGACUUUAAACUUACGGUGAACAAAGCUGCGAGGGUAGAGAAAUACCCAAUGCCAAAGGUCGAAGACCUGUACGCUAAGUUGGCUGGGGGCAAAAAGUUUACUAAGCUUGAUCUUAAGAAUGCGUACCUACAGAUUGAGUUAGAGGAAGAGUCGAAAAAGUACACUACAAUAAAUACCUCAAAGGGAUUGUUUCAAUACAACCGCCUACCGUUUGGGAUUAGUUCCGCUGCCGCCAUUUUUCAAAGGAUCAUAGAUUCCAUUCUCAGUGGUCUCCCCUACGUCGUUGCGAGGAUGGACGAUGUGCUAAUUUCAGGUGCAUCUGAUGAGGAGCAUCUGGAAAUUCUGGAUGAGGUGCUGCGCCGACUCCAUGAAGCAGGGAUUAAGCUUAACAUGGAGAAAUGCAAAUUUCUGGCGGAUAGCGUCAUUUACCUUGGGUACAAGAUUGAUGCCGAGGGUAUCCACCCGGUCGAGGAGAAGGUUCGUGCAAUAGCUCAAGCUCCAACACCGAUGGACGUUAAGGAGUUACGGUCUUACUUAGGUUGUUUGAACUAUUAUGCAAAGUUCUUACCGAACUUAUCGAUGGUUUUGGCUCCGCUGCAUGAACUGCUUGUGAAAAAUGUGCCUUUUCACUGGGGUUCUGAGCAGGAGUCAGCAUUUAGGCAAUCUAAGGACUUACUACAGUCUUCACAGGUCCUGGUCCACUACGAUCCGACCAAAGACAUUGUACUGUCAUGUGAUGCCUCGCCAAAAGGUAUCGGAGCUGUGAUUUCUCACCGUUUUGAAAAUGGUGACGAGCGUCCCAUUUGUUUUGCUUCAAAGACACUCAUGUCUGCUGAGCGUAACUAUUCUCAGUUGGAGAAAGAAGCGUUAUCGAUUGUGUGGGGGGUGAAAAAGUUUCAUUCCUAUUUAUACGGACAUGAGUUUGUUAUUUACAAUGACCAUAAGCCGCUAGAAUCUUUACUUAGUGAGAACAAGCCUGUUCCACCUUUGGCUUCUGCGAGAAUUCAACGUUGGGCUCUAACUCUUGGUGCGUAUCAGUAUGUUUUAAAGUACAAACCGGGUUCACAAAUGUGUGCUGCUGAUGCCAUGAGUAGAUUGCCGUUGUCUGAUUCUGCUAUCGAAGUGACGUUGCCUGCUGAAACUAUUUGUCUUCUGGAGUUUAUGGACACUUCACCGAUUGACGUUGAGCUGAUCAAGUAUCUCACAGGUCGCGAUCCAGUGUUGUCUCGGGUGCGUCGAUUUGUUAGUGCUGGUUGGCCGGAAAAAGUGGAGGAGGAACUUCGUCCAUACUUCACUAGGAAAUUGGAACUGUCAGUGGAGGGCGGCUGUAUUCUUUGGGGAGCACGUGUUAUAGUCCCGAAAGCCGCCAGAAAUCGAGUACUUGGAGUGAUUCAUGAAGCACAUCCGGGUAUCGUGCGCAUGAAAACCUUUGCUCGCCAUUAUGUUUGGUGGCCAUGCUUGGAUAAAGACUUGGAAGACAAAGUGAAACAUUGUGAAGCAUGUCAGGUUAGGCGACAUGCACCUGCUAAGGCAUUACUUCAUCCAUGGGAAUAUCCUUCCAGGCCAUGGUCCCGUCUGCAUAUUGACUAUGCAGGGCCAUAUAAGGGAAAGAUUCUCUUGAUAAUCGUUGAUGCGUAUACUAAGUGGAUUGAGGUACAUGUCAUGAACUCAAGUACUGCUGAACUGACUGUGGAGAAACUGCGUACAACAUUUGCUAUGUUUGGUAUUCCAGAUACCAUUGUCAGUGAUAACGGGACUAACUUUGUUAGUGAAGUGUUUCAGACUUUCAUGAGUAGGAAUGGGGUGAAACAUAUCAAAGUUGCGCCUAAACAUCCAGCGUCAAACGGGUUAGCGGAAAGAGCCGUUCAAUCUGUCAAGGAAGGUAUCGAUAAGUUAGUGUCAGGCUCCAUUGAGACAAAAAUGGCACGAUUCUUGUUUAAAUACCGCAGUACUCCGCAUGCUACUACUGGUAGAACACCAGCGGAGAUGAUGUUCAACCGUCAAAUUAAAACUCAUCUGGAUUUACUACAUCCGGAUGUACGUGAUACUGUUGGAGAGAAACAGGGUAAACAGAAACUGUACCAUGACACUCAUGCCAAGGAGCGCAAUUUCGAAGUGGGUGAUAAGGUCUAUGUAACCAACUUCAGUAGUGGUCCUUGUUGGCUAAAGGGGGUAAUCACUGAAAGGACUGGACCACUAUCCUUUGUUGUGGAACUAGUAGAUGGUCGCAUGGUUCGCAGACAUGUUGAUCACAUCCGCAAGCGUUAUGUGCAGGAGCAAGUUGACAUUGGUCCUGAACUUCCUACUGUAGGCCUAUCAGCCACUGGGGCUGAAUGUGACGCUAAUAUUGUUCCACAGCCAAGUGUGCCUGUAGUUUCUGAGGUUCCUAAUGUUACUUCUAGUUCACUUAACACUCCGGUGCAAGACAGUGCUCCACCCGUUGCGGAGGACAAAAGUUCAGGUGGAAAUGUUGAAAGUGCUAAGGGUGUUACACCGCUAUCACCAGUGGUGACACAACCACCGGAACCAAUCCGUCGUUCCCAACGUGUUCGCAAAGCACCAGAGCGUUUAGAUUUGUAA